CAACUACUCCUUACACCGGAAGUCAUCAAUCAUGGCGGCAAAUAAGGAAGCCAUAGCAAUUGUUCUGGACGUUGGUCCAUCUAUGAAUAAUGCGCCCCCGGGCGAAGAGACUCCACUGCAGACUGCAGUUGAUGCCAUCAAGAUGAUAAUUCAAAGAAAGAUGUUUUCCGAGUCCAAGGAUGAGGUAAGUCUGGUGUUGUUUGGUACACCAGAUACAGACAACCCCCUGGCUGAUGGCGAUAGCUAUGAGAAUGUCACAAUCUCUAGGCCCCUGGGGGUGGUCGACUUUGAUUUUCUUCAACAAGUUCAGAAUGACAUCACUCCAAGCAAUACUUCAGCUGAUUUUGUGGAUGCCUUAGUGGUAGCCUUGGACCACCUGGUAAAUGCUACACAAGGCAAAAAGGGCUUUGCUAUGAAGCGCCUUAUUUUGCUGUCAGAUCUUGGAGGGGAGUUUGGAGAUGAUCAGAUAGAGGGGAUUAUAUCUGGAAUAAAAAACUCCGGAACAGAACUUAAUGUGAUUGGUCCUGAUAUCAACCUUGAUGGUGAUGAAGACGAUGAUGACAGCCAGAGGCCGGGGCCCAGCGGAGCCGCUAACGGUCACCAGAAAGCCCGGACACCCCAGCAGAAGGCCGGGGAGGGGAUGCUGAAGAGGAUACUGGAGGAGGUCGAGGGGGAGUGUUACAGCUUCAGUGAGGCCUUGCCAGCCCUGAGUCAUUUCCAGAUGAGGCAGGUCCGCCCUACUCCAUGGAAAGUCCAGCUGGAGAUCACAUCCAACAUCCGGAUCCCUGUCUGUUCCUAUAUCAAGAUCAAAGAUUUCAAAGUUAAAAGUUUUAAGAAGGUGUACGCCAAAGAUGAGGACGCAGAGAUAGACAAUUUGAGAACAUACCACAAAAACGACGAAGAGGAGACAGAAGUGGAUAAAGAGGACAUUGUGGAAGGUCACAGAUAUGGGACCACCCUGGUGCCAAUGUCUGAAGACGACAAGCUGAACAUGAAGUACAAGGCGGAGAAAUGUCUAAAGGCGCUGGGAUUUACAGACGCUCAAAACAUAAAGCGGCACCAUUUUAUGGGGGACAAUACCCACUAUGUGGUGGCUGAUAAAGAUGACGAGACUGCAGUGGUUGCCCUUUCUGCACUCAUCAAUGCCCUGUAUGAAACCAACAUGGCAGUGGUGGUGAGAAAGGUAUACAGUGCUGCCACCGCGCCCAAACUCGGCUGUCUGCUGCCACACAUCAAGUCAUCGUACGAGUGCCUGAUCUAUGUAGAGCUGCCCUUUAGAGAGGACAUCAGACAGUACACUUUUGGAUCUCUACCGCUCAAGCAAGACACUGAAGCUAACAAAAAAUACAGACCCACAGAUGCACAGUUAGAUGCUAUUAAUGAUUUAAUUAAUGAGAGUGACCUCUCUCAAGCAGCUGAGGAUGAAGAUGGUGAAAAAACGGAGGCACUCAAACCAAAGUUGAUAUUUAACCCAUAUUUCCAGAGACUCUAUCAGUGUUUACAACAUCGAGCUUUGGAACCCCACGAACCUCUUCCUGAGUUGUCUCCCAUGAUUGCCAAUUCCCUGAAUCCCCCACAAGAGGUCUCUGCUAGAUGUGAGGCACAGUGUGAAAAACUCAAGAACUUGUUUAAAUUGGAAAAAGUGAAAAAAGAAGAUCGGAAAACUGGAGAAAACAUGUUUAAACAGAAGGAGGAAGACGAGCCGUCAGCAAAGAAGAUCAAGAUGGAUGAUGACUUGGGUGGUGGGCUGGCAGACAUAACAAAGGCAGAGGUCACAGAGGUGGGCACGGUGACUCCAGUAGAUGACUUUAUUUCACUUAUCAACCAAAAAGAUGCAGACAAGUUUGAAGAAGCAUCUGGACAGAUGCAGAAGAGAGUAGAACAAUUGGUGACCGACUCCUUUGGUCCACAGUUCUAUGGCAAAGCACUGGACUGUCUGAAGGCCCUCAGACAGCAGUCCAUUAAGAAAUCCGAACCAACAUUGUACAACAAUUUUAUGAAAAAGUUCAAGGACUUUUUGAUAGAGAAAGGAAGGCGAGAUUUUUGGGAAAUGAUUGUAGAUGAUAAACAAGCUCUGAUCACCAAGACGGAGAGUGAGGAUAGCUCAGUGAGUCUGGGGGAGGCCAAAGACUUCAUCGCAGAGAAAGUGGAGGCGGUAAAGGCAGAAUCACAGCCGCCUGCCGCCGGGGACGAUGCUGAAGACUUAUUGGACCAAAUCUGAAGCGUGCAGCUGGGCAGUAUAAUGGCAGCUUGUCGAGUUUGAAAUCUUUGUGACGUUAGAUUGGCGACUUUGAGGGCGUAGAGCAGGGACACGGUUGACUUGUUGCGACCUGUAAUGGUCUGGUGAUUCUGUUAGAUGAGUGACUCUUGGUUCUGUUAGAGAACUGCUCUCUAGGUCUUGUGUACAUUGUAGGCGCUUUGAUAACGUCAUCACAACACAUAAGGCCUGUUAUCACAGCUUUCUUCAUAAACAGUGCAAACUUUCUGUAUGGUUGUAUGAACUUGUACAAAGAUGAAUCAAUAAAAUAAAACCUUGUCCUGA